UCCGUGACAUGGUCAAACGUGCAAAAAGUGGUGAGUGAGAAAAUGGAGAAGGCUUAUCCCAGCCACCAAAAACCACUGUUGUAGUUAAAAGAACACAUCCGUGUUCACCUCAUCGUGAGACAAUUAUUUCUAGAUUCGAUCAAAAAAACAAUUUCUGCAAGAAACAUGUAAUUAAGUAACUUUGGACCCACUGAGCUAGUGGGUAACAGGAAAAGUAAUUUUCUUGCAUAAAUGCUAAUUCUGCUGAGUGAUUGAUAGCCACUGCAUGUUUCUGGAUAAGGUCAGGAUUGCAUGCAAAUACUUUAGACUUUAUAAACCCACCUCCACGAGUGGUGUUUAUCUGUUUUGUACGUGAUUUACCUCAGUGAAUAUCGAAAAUAAAAGUCAGUCAGAAUUUGAUCCAGUUCAUUUGUGCAUCUCGAGUGGAACAAGUAAUAAAUAAGUUUCAGAAAUGUCGCAAAAUAAGCUGAUAAACGUUCUAAUUUCAGCAACGCUUCUUUUACAAGUGACGGUCUACUGUCAAAAUAGUUUAGAAUUGGAAGAAAAUAUUGGAAAUAGUUUACUAUCAUCAACUACUAGUCCAUCGUCCACUCAUGAAUUAAACACUCCAAUUACAGUGACCAUUGUGCAAUCAAAUGAGGAAAACACUGUCCCCACAUCUAAAGUAUUUCCGUCGGCAAUACACGAAAAUGUUGGAUCCCCAAAAAUUCCUACAGUCUUGCACGAGGCCACCACGAAGUUGUCUUCUACAAAUAAUAGAAACAGAGACAGAAGCCGAAAUAGAAGCCGCAACAGAAACCGAGAUGGAGAUACACGUAGUUUCGCACGUGGCAGAAAUUUUGAUCCAAAUCGCAACAAUCCGGACAAAGUAUUCUUUCGACGACUCGUACGACUUGGUUCCAACUUUGUAGCUCGAUCUCUCGGACUUGUUACAGGAAAUGACCCUCAAAUUGAGAGCAGCAGUGAAGACAGGUUCAGAAAUAUUGACGAAAAUACUGAAUUUUCACCUUUCAUAGGAUCCGUGAAAAAUUCCAGUCAAGAAGACAAUCAGCAAUUCUUCAACAACAACAAAUGGCGAAAUGUUAAUCCAGCUCAACUUUUACAGAGUCGAUUUUUGAUUAAGCAAAACAAAAUGCAACGUUGGAGAGAGGUAAAAGACGACUUCCGAAGAAAAGAGCUUGAGCGAAGAGUUGAUUUCUUCAAUGAUAACUCUGGCGAUGUGAUAACCAGAAACGCUCGGAAUGUUAUACGAAACCUGGUAAAUCGGUUUGAAAAGAACACGGAAACUAUGCAGCUGUGGGUUGACUACAGGAGACAAAGGCUGCAAAGAUUUCUCCAAAUGCCAUUGGUUUCCUCCAUUUUGAAAAAUAAUACUGCCAGCAUUACAGAAGACGACAAUUCGACGACCACUGGAAUUUCCUCAUCAUCCUCAAAUGAGAAUGAUCAGGACGACGUCAGGGAAGUAGACGAUGUCAGCAACGAUUAUUACAGACCCUUCAAUCCUAUUGCUGACAUAUCGAGGAAGGUCAUGAGAUUCAUUCAAAGCAUUUAGGAUGAACAGUACACAAUACAAAUUUAUGUUCCUACACAUGUACUUCAUAAUGUUAUUAUAUUGAAAAUAUUUAUUCUUUUACUUAUAUGUUAUCUGUUAUAUUAUAUGUAAUCUUCAAAGGUAUACUCUGUAAUAAAUAUUCCGAUUCCAUCGAAUUAUGUAUGCAAUGUCUAUGAUGUAUUGCUGUUGUAAAAUAAAAUCUUCCGACUUAAA